AUGACCGACUCUUCCCCCGUUCCUCAGGAAACUGAGAAAAAGCCCGUGCACACUAUCAUCCUCGACGCUUCGCCCCUCCUCCUCAACACGCCUGGGAUCUCCACACUCCUCGCCAACGGCCAUGUCCUGGUGACCACGCACUCCGUCCUCGCCGAAAUCAAAGCCGAAGAGGCAAGGAACAGAGUCGAAACCCUGUACAAACCAUUUUUGACUGUCCGGUCGCCGAAUCCCGAGAGCCUGAAGAUUGUGAAGGACUUCGCGCGCAAGACGGGUGACGGAGCCGUGCUCAGUCACACCGAUUUUGAGAUUCUGGCAUUGGCCUAUGAGAUCGAGUGUGAGAGGAAUGGAGGGAACUGGAGGCUGCGGACGACACCGGGGCAGAAGAGGCUGAAUGGGGCGCCGCCAGCGCAAAAUGAGGUCAAGGCAGAGGACAGCCAAGAUCAGACUCCGGAUACAGAGAAUGUUGUGGACGGAGUGCAAGGUCAAGCAGAAACGGGGCUGGAUUCUAUCGAGGAAAAGGUGGACAAUCUAAUGCUCGAAGAGACAGGAGGUCAACGGGACGAUGAAGCAAUCGAAGCCGACGAAGUUAGCGACGAAACCAUAGGGGAAGCAACACAACCUUCAGAGCACCAACCGGAGUCAAUAUCCCCCCAACCAGUAGAGGCCGAAGGCUCAGACUCAGACGAAGGCUGGAUCACCCCUUCCAACAUCAAACGCCGACAAGCCCAGGACGAAUCUGCCAGCAGUGGAUCGUCAAAAUCCUCGCCCAAACACCUCCAGGUGGCCACCAUGACGGGUGACUUCGCUAUGCAGAACGUCCUCCUCCAAAUGAACCUCAACCUCAUCUCCACCAAGACCUGCCAACGGAUCUCCCAGAUCAAGCAAUUCAUCCUCCGAUGCCACGCAUGCUUCUCCACCACCAAAGACAUGUCUAAACAGUUCUGCCCGCGGUGCGGGAAGCCUACCCUCACCAGGGUAACGUGUACGACGAAUGAUAAAGGAGAGGUAAAACUGCAUCUGAAGAAGAAUAUGCAAUGGAACAACAAAGGCAACGUCUUCUCGGUCCCCAAACCCACGGGUGGAACCGCAAAUCAGAAAUGGCAAGGGCCCAAGCACGGUGGAGGCGGUAAAGGUGGCUGGGGGAACGAUCUGAUUUUGGCAGAGGAUCAGAAGGAGUACGUCAGAGCCAUGGCGAAGAUGAAGAGGGACACUAGAAGAGAGAAGGAUUUGAUGGAUGAGGAUGUUUUGCCAGGCAUCCUAUCAGGGGAUAGAGGCCACACCACAGGCAGGCCGAGGGUAGGAGCUGGUCGAACGGUUAACUCGAGAAAGCGGUAG